CAUCUGGUUGAACGGUUGCGCGUGCGCUGCUCAAUAAAUAGAAAUAAACUGAUUUUGGACUGAUUUCCUGGCCCCGUAAGAAUUGAAACACACCCGCAGCAGCAACGAAAAAAAAAAACUAAAAAAUUGCAGGCCAUAACAAUAAAAAGUGAAACACAACUAGUGCGCCCGAAGAAGUGUGUCUACUGUAGGAGUUGAAUUAUCCCCGGUCGGUCACAUUUGUGUUGUGCCAUAUUUGUGCCCCAUUGUCUCAGAGAAAACCGAAUCGAAAACCGAAAAAACUGAGGCAACUACUACUGCAAUUGCAACUGCAACUUCGGUGGCAGCUACAACGUGAAGCACCCGCCCGCUAUUUUGGCGGCCUCUUGGGCAAUCGCUUCACAUACGGGCUAACUCUUUUAUAGGCCAUGCAAAUUUGAGGCAAUCUCCGGCUUCGGUGUGGCUCCAUUUUCCAUUUUCCACUCCCUAACUUUGGCUGGGAAAAGAAAAGGCCAGAAAUACCUAAAAGGAAAAGUAAACUAAACUCAAUAACAAUCCAGUGCACCAGCAGCAGGCAGCAGUAUCUGUUGCUAAUAAAAACAAUCAAACGAUUGAUUGUAAUUGUUUAUAAAAGCGAAAUUUAACGACUCGUUAGCUCGCUCAAUGCGUUGCGGUUUUUUCUACCUUGUGGAUUAAUCUCAAGUGCAUGAAAGUAAGUUUGUGCAAGUGCCGAGUUGUUGGUUUUGAAAAAGGUCAAAGCACAGCCUAAACGUAAAUCACACCCAAGAAGGAUUUACAACAAAGUAUAACCCAACGAACAAAAAAAAAAGGAAAGGCAACGACACCAGCGGCAGACACAGCAGCAACAUGUUGCCGAGGAUAACUUUUGUAUUCAUCAUCAUUUGUGGAUAUUUAUUAUUUACUGAUUGCCGCGAAACAGUUCGCACCAAGAGGGCGAAACGCCCACGCGCUCCGGAUCCGGUCAACUUUGAGCCGGAACCGCAACAGGAUCUGGAGAACGAUGAGAGCGGCAGCCAGGAAAAGGAUGUACCGGAGAUACCAGAUAACUUCCUGAGCCCCUCUGUAAGGGAGUAUCUGGAAUUAGGAAAAUCAAUUCCUGGUCGGCCCGGCGUUGAUUAUCCAAUACUGUCGGCUGUGCCCUACACCAACUUCUAUUGCGACGAGCAGGAGUACCCGGGAUUCUUUGCAGACAUGGAAACUAGGUGUCAAGGCUGGCACUACUGUGACAUUGAUGGACGUCAGGCCUCGUUCCUCUGCCCCAAUGGCACCCAAUUCUCCCAGGCCGUCUUCGUCUGCGACUGGUGGUUCAAUGUGCGUUGCGAUCUCUCUCCCCGGCUGUAUGCCAUCAAUGCCCGGCUUUAUCAACGUCCCAAGGUUAAUCCCACUCGGCCCCAUCGCAUCAUUACGAAGCAGUUGGUUGACGAUAUCUUUACUUGAUCCCCGAAGGAUAGCCUAAGUUUGCCGAUGCCUACUAGUUGAUAGAUUAGCUCUAGAGGUUUUUUAACGCAAAAUUUCAGUUAUAAAAUGUGUUUUUAGCGUGCUUUGCUCAUGUACAAGGUCUGUAGUACAGACUCCACUCUUCAAAGACUUUAAUCUAUCUCUUAUAGUUUCUCCAUAUAGCAUUUUCUCAAUAAAUAUUACGAGUUUACAUUUUAUUUUUAUGUGCCCUGCUUCUUAAAAAUCGUUUCUUGAACUAGAAAUAGUAAGAAACAUAGAAAUACUAGAUGUAUACAUUUUUUUCAUUUCUGAAUCAUUUUAUUUCUAUUUAAUAAUAACUAGUUUAUUUUAGAAUCGAUUAUAAAGUUAGAAUAAAAUUUGUAAAGCAUUUCCAUUACAUUUUGUAUAUACUUUUAAUAUUGAAAACUAAAUUUGUAAUAAAUCUUA